AUGUCGCCCCAGGUUGAUGAAGGGCCUCUGAUCAGUGAUGCCACCGGCGUGACUGACCAAGCAGAUAGUCACUACAAUAGAGGGGAUUCCGACAGUCAGCAGAUUCACGAUCAAGACGACACAAUUUCGAUGAACCCGGGUCAUCAAGCGGCGUCAGUGAAGAAGAAAAAGGGGAAGUCCAGGGGCAACAAGUCUACCGCCCAGCGAGGUCCAACUGCAUUACCACGAAAUCGUGGAACAGGUUUUGAGGAGUACUUUGCCGAUCCGCCAAUGACCCCAGAUGAAGCAGCUGAAGAAAAACUCGAAAUAUACGCCGAUUGUCUUCCUUUCGAAGAACGGAUUCAGUCUUGUAUUCGUCGUUUCCGGGCACGGCGACGCAUACAGGGAGACCAAAUUCGCUAUUUCGACGAAUAUCUCUUCCUUGGCGGUAUUGACACCAGUGGUAAUGCUUUCUCUGGACUCGAUACCAGUGACUUGAAAGACCUCACGCCUGCACAACGCCGCGAGGCAACAGUUACCGACACGGUGAAUGGCGCCUGCGGAGCUGACGAUCGGUUCUAUAAUGGGGACGACGAGCACUGGUCUGUCGACUUUGCUGGUGUGGCAGCUGGCCUAUUUUCUACAUCGCUAGGCCAAUUAACUGGCUUCGAGCCAAAGAAGACUGAAUCUCUUAUUAGCCUCGUGGAGAACUUUCUGCGAUACGUCCUCCUACACGAAGUCUGUCCCGAGUACAAAGACAACAUUGAGUCCGCUUUGCAAGUUUGCAAUCAAGCGCGGCAAGAGUGGCCGGCUCUGAAUCAACUAACAGCUGAAUUGCCUGGGUACUUCAAUCUGGCCGCUACGGAGUUGUUCUCCUCGGUGGCCGUCGGGGAUUGGUCGUUUCUUUCAUUCUCCAAGCCUUCUUGGUAUGAUCCCAAGACGGUAUUUCUUGCUGUCUGCGCAUUGUGCGACGAGGAUCUCACCCUGGACGAGUUCCAUCAAGACCGCGUUGAGGCGUCCAAAGAGUGCACCUACACCCUGGAAGUUACUCGUGUUGAAGGACCCUGCUCACUCACUUUGGACAAGUUUGCUUCUCUUCUAAUUGAAGGCAGCGACUGCGGCGUUUCACCCGUGGGAAAAGUCUUCUUCAAACCUGCAAUCAUCGAGGAUGAGUGGGAGACACCAAGCAUGCAUAUCUCGCCCCAGGACGCCAAUAUAUGGGUCUACCUCGAAAGGUCGCUGCUCACAAAUGUUAUGCCCAAGAUGAAGAUGGACAUCACCCUCGUUGAGUUGAAUACCGGGAUCCGGUUCAUCAAGACUAUACACCAGAUUGUGCCAUCUUUCUACACAUUUUUGCCUCAGCAAAUGAUGAGGCAUUACAAACAACCUCGUGAUGACGAUCGACCAGCACCGUCAGUGCAUGAUACAGGCACAGAAGAAGGGCAGUCUACUGAGUAA